AUGGUCCGCCCAAACACCAUUCUCAAGCUCUCCAAGCUCGUCCGUCCCUCCCCCACAGCUCUACGAACAGCAGCGGCCAACCCCUUCCGCGCAUCUGCCAUCACAACCUCCUCUUUCCUCCAGAGCAGCUACUCCACCCCCACUACAGCUCCUUCAUUCAGCAGAGCAUUCUCCACAACGCCAUGCACAUUCAAGGGCCUAUCUCCAGAAUCCGCCGAUCCACCACCAAAGGAGUCUGAACCAGAAGCUUACGAGCCGACUUCGUCUUCCGCACCGGCUGAUAUAUCGAUCGAAGAGUACCAUGUGCUAUCGGACGCGUAUCUGAAUGGUCUUAUCGAGAAGUUGGAGCAGCUGCAAGAGGAGAGGGAAGAAGUUGAUGUGGAGUACAGUGCUGGUGUUCUCACCCUUGCUUUCCCACCAAACGGAACCUAUGUCGUCAACAAGCAACCGCCCAACAAGCAGAUCUGGCUCUCAUCCCCCCUCACAGGUCCUAAACGCUACGACUACGUACUAUUAAGCGAGGGCCAGGAUGCGAAAGAAGGCACUGGUCGUGGGGAGUGGGUGUAUUUGAGGGAUGGGAGCUCAUUGACGGAGCUGAUAGAGAAGGAGAUUGGAGUUACGGUCGAGGAGAAUUAUGAUGGGACUGUUGAGGAGUAA